CGGCCAGAAACCCCUCCCCUCCUGCAAGGUCCCAAGGGUCCUGUUAGUGUUAAUGCAGGGCUGACUUUGGUGUGCACUAUCAGCUACAUCCCGAACAAGCUCCCCCGGCCAGUCUCGGUCAAGCCCAAUGAGAGAGGCAAAGUUAAGACCCCUCUCUUCCCCCCCAUGACCACCCAAGACAACUGCAAGACUGAAAUCUCUUCCAUCAUCGGACGCGUCCACAGGGCGAUCCCCCCCUCUCUAAACGAACCCUCCCCAGCUCUUCGCCUCGAACACCUCUACGAGCUCCCUGGUUCAAAGAAACCGUCUUCACGCUGACAGCACUACCACUGACUGUCGUUCGACUACUUUCCACCUUACCUUGGCGACUUCUCGCUCCCGACUGGACCGAACCUCAAGUUCUCUACCCCGCCUCUGCGAUCCCCCCAAGACUAAACUAACUUGGACACCAUGUUUGGUCUCGUCCCCCAUCUCCUGUCCUCCAUCGCCGCCUUCCUGUUCCCCGUCUUCGCUUCCUACAAAGCGCUCAAGUCGUCCGACCCCGCCCAGCUGACACCAUGGCUCAUGUACUGGGUCGUCCUGAGCUGUGGGCUUCUCAUAGAAUCCUGGCUUGACUGGGUCCUCUUCUGGGUUCCAUUAUACUCGUACGCUCGUCUCCUCUUCCUCCUUUACCUCGUCCUCCCGCAAACCCAAGGAGCUCGCUUCCUAUACGAGUCCUACGUCCACCCGUUCCUAGAGGACAACGAAACACACAUCGAACAAUUCAUCGCCGACGCCCACGACCGACUCAAAGCCGCCGGCAUGUCAUACCUGAAGCAAGCCAUCGAGUUCGUCAAGACGAACAUCCUCGGCAUGCCCCCCUCCGAACCCGCCCCGGAACAACCUCCCGCCAGCGCCGCGCCGCAGUCCUACACCCAAUCUCUUCUGGCGCGGUUCAACGUCCCCACGGCUCGCACCAACGCCGGCGCAUCCGACCUCUACAACUUCCUCGCCGGUGCCGUCGCCGCAGCAGCCUCAGCAGCCAACGCGGCGACCAGCUCCUCCGGCCCUACUGCUGCUGCUGCCGGUGCUGCUGCCGGUGCUAGGGGUGACGACGCCUCGUCGGGGGAUACGGUGUCUGCCGCGACGACGACGUCCGGGUUGAACCUCUCCAGCUUCGUCCCGUCCAACCUGACCGGCGCAGGGGAGAAGGUGGCCUUCAUCGCAACACAGCGGGAACGCCUCAACGCCGUGCUCGGCGCGCUGGACCGUGAAGCCCGGGCGCUGGACCGCGAGGCGACGGUGCGGGAGGAUCGGGACGAGGAUCGGCACCAGGACCGGGACGAGGGCGGCUUGGGGGUGCGCGAAGAGCCCAGGACGCGGAGACCCUCGAGCAGCUCGGGUGGAUUUGGCGAGAUGAAUCGGAACCGGAGCGAGUCGGAAUUCGAGAAGGUCGAGGCGGAGAGCGGGGCGGAAGACGAGGAUGGCGGUGUUCGUCGCCGGCCUGCGCCUAGUGGUGGCACGGGUUCGUGGUUGCCGUUCGGAUGGCGCGGGGCUGGAGAUGGUGGCAGCGGGGGUGGCACACCCACGGGCCAGGAUGGGCGGCAGGGGAGGAGUUCGGGGAUCGAUGCCGACUUGUAGAUCUGGGCCUCCCUCUCUGCCGGUCGAUGGCCGUUUGAUCUUAUUGUGAGAUGUUGAGAUGUGGAAGAGCGUUGGGCAAAAAUUUGCCGUGACGGAAGGCUACCAACGAGACAGCUUCAACACCGGGAGCUUGGCCCUCAACGCCGCGCUAUAUUUCUUGCUAGUUUAUACACAGGACUAGUUUAUACACCGGACAACACUAUAUCCUACACCGGAGCUUAUGGGAUGUAC